CCACUUCUGUCACUCGAGGCUUCAAGAAGCCCUUGUCUGAAGUUGCCGUCCAGACGAGAGAAUCCCUAAAAAGGCCCUAUUUUCCUCUGCCACGCUCGAUCCUCGCAGGACUGCAACAUUUCUUUUAUUUUUCUUGCUGGCUUCUGGGGAAAAUCUAUUGUAGAAAAUUGAAGUUAGACAAAAGGGGGAAAAAAUCAAAGCAUUGGAGCCAAACAACCUACACCUUUCCCAGAAGAUCUCUCAAAGAAUUUUCAAAAAGAUUCAAAGAAAGGAGGAGACUCGAUGGACUUUGUGAUGAAGUAGGACAGUGAAGAGAUAGAUGGGGAAGAGUACAGGAAAGAAGGUGAUGAAAAAUGAGGAUGGAGAUGAUUGUGAUGGUUGGUGGUGGUUGGUUCACAAAAAUAUUGGAGCUUCAUUCCUAUGUAUUGCUGUCUUUGCAUUCUUGGUUCGUGUAGCUGUGUCAUUUCAUCCUUACUCAGGUGCUGGCAAUCCUCCCAAGUAUGGGGACUAUGAGGCUCAAAGGCAUUGGAUGGAGAUCACUCUUAAUCUUCCAGCUAAGGAAUGGUAUCACAAUAGCACUACCAAUGAUCUUAACUAUUGGGGUCUUGAUUACCCUCCUCUCACAGCAUACCAAAGUUAUGUUCACGGUCUUUUCCUCAGAAUCUUCCAUCCUGAAUCAGUUUCCCUCUUCACUUCCCGGGGUCAUGAAUCCUAUUUUGGAAAACUUCUCAUGAGGUGGACAGUUUUAUCCUCAGAUAUCCUAUUUCUUUUUCCAGCAGUUUUCUGUUUUGUUGUUGUAUACUAUACUGGUCGUGGUCGUAGAAGUGAUAUAGCAUGGCUUAUUGCAAUGAUUUUACUUAAUCCAUGCCUGAUCCUAAUUGAUCAUGGUCAUUUUCAGUACAAUUGUAUUAGCUUGGGUCUUACUAUUGGAGCUGUUGCUGCUAUCCUUUCCGACAAAGAGCUUGUAGCUUGUGUUCUAUUCAGUCUUGCUCUAAACCAUAAGCAGAUGAGUGCAUAUUUUGCACCUGCAUUUUUCAGUCAUCUCUUGGGUAAAUGCCUAAGGCGUCGGAAUCCUAUUCUUGAGGUGUCAAAACUGGGCUUGGCGGUGGUUGGAACAUUUGCCAUUGUUUGGUGGCCAUACAUCCAUUCAAUGGACGCCUUCUUAGGGGUUCUUUCUCGUCUUGCUCCCUUUGAAAGAGGGUUAUAUGAGGAUUAUGUGGCUAACUUUUGGUGCACCACUUCAGUCCUCAUAAAGUGGAAGAGGUUGUUCACAAUAAAAUCAAUGAAGCUUCUUAGUUUUUGGGCAACCAUUUUAACUUGUCUGCCAUCAAUGAUUCAGCAAAUAUGGUCUCCAAGCAACCUAGGUUUCCUAUAUGGGCUGCUAAACAGUUCUUUCUCAUUCUAUUUAUUCUCAUUCCAAGUACAUGAGAAGUCGAUUCUGCUGCCACUUUUGCCUGCAAGCCUUUUGGCUCUGGAAGAGCCUUUUCAUUUCAGGUGGCUAACUCAUUAUGCGUUACUCUCUAUGUUCCCUCUUAUGUGUCGUGAUAAACUGAUCCUACCAUAUAUGGCUCUAUUUGCUCUGUUCUACCUCCUUUAUUAUGCACCUGGUGGAAGAGAAGAUACAAGGAAGAUGCAAUCCCCCUCCUCUCUGAGAUCAUUCAUGCUAUCUUUUCUUGUUUUGUGCUCUCUCUUUCUUCAUUUGGUUUACAUAACCUUGCAUCCCCCUGACAAGUAUCCUUUCCUCUUUGAAGCAGUAAUUAUGCUUCUCUGCUUCUCUCAGUUCAUAUUGCUAACCGUUUACACCAAUGCAAAGCAGUGGAUGUUGUUGAAACACUCUACCUUGAUGGAUAAAGAUAAGAAGCUAGUUUGAUAUAUUUAACUGUGUCCACCCAAGAAGUGUCCUUUCCUCUUUGAAGUAGCAGUGAUGCUUCUCUGCUUCUAUCAGGUCAUGUUGCUAACCGUUUACAUCGAUGCACAACAUCUACCUUGAUUGAUUAAGAUGCUAAUAAGCUGAGUUGCCCCUGAACUUCUGACGUUAGGUCAAUAGUUUCACCAUUUUUUAAGCUUUUCUUCUUGAAUUGAGGCAUAGAUGUGCAAUGGCAAAAAUGAAAGUAUAUGCUGGGUGAUAAUUUUUUUAAGUGAUUAGAAGGACUAUUUUUUAGUGUGUCUGCUAGUUUUGUAUCAUGGUUUUCUUUCUGUUUUGUGCUAUAUGAGCCCGUUAAAACUUGUGGAAAAUAUUGAUCUUUGAAAUCCUUGUAAUGCCAUGGUUGAAACUUGUUUUCUUUGGAGA